GAGAGAGAGAGAGAGAGAGAGGAAAAGAACCAGCUGCUUUAUCCUCCUCCUUUUGUUCUCUGUUGCAAGUCUUCCAUUUUGGUCUGCCUCCCUAUUUGCAGCAGCUUAUUUCCAUGUUCCUGAGAUCGAAGAUUCAAGAUAUUAUUCUGAGGGAGAGGUCCAAGGCAGUCAGCAGGAAAAAAGAGUUGAUGCCCGAUACCACCUCUUCCCCACCUCCCAACCCCGCCUUCACUUCUCCAAAUCUCCUUGUGGAGGGCUGCUCUGUGAGGAAGAGUUCCAUGUACUCUGAGGACGCAAUAGGUCCCAAGUCCAUGCUAGCGACCAUACCAUUCUUUGCCACUGGGAACCGGUCCUCAUCUGAUAGUAGAGACUGCAAGACAAAGCCCCUGUCAGUAGAGACUGCAGCUGCCACCACUGGCACUGAGAGCAGACACCAUCCUUGGCACAAUCGAAGCUCACGAGCCAUUGGACUUGGCCUUGUUGAUGCUCUGAGCAAUGAGGAGACUGGUGAUGUAGGGUGUACGAUGGUUGUCUUUGGGUGUCAGCUUAAGAUUCAAACACUUCCUGGUCUAUCCAACUCCAUGUCCCCUGUGUCCAUUGAGUCUCCUCGGUCUAUCAUGGAGUUCGGUAGCAAGACUAAGACUUCUCAGAUGGAUUCAUAUUUACCUGGCAGAACGGUUUCUGGUUCUGUCUUUUCUCCUCAGUUGUUCAUGGGUCACAUGUCCCCAACCGAGAUUGAGCUCUCAGAAGAUUACACUUGUGUGAUAUCGCAUGGGCCUAUCCCGAAGAAAACACAUAUCUUUCAUGAUUGCAUCAUUGAGAGCUGCGACAGAGAGUUCCUUACCUUGAAGAAGAGUACAUGUAUGGAUGAUCCGUCAGGAUAUGCUGCAGAUACUUCAUUGAGCUGCUGUGUUUCUUGCAAGGAGGAUAUUGGGAAGGGGAAGGGAAUUUCUCUUUACAGAGGAGAGAAAGGAUUGUGUAGCCAUGAAUGCGGCUACCAAGAGGUGGUCUCCGAUGAAUAGACAGAGAACGCUGACCGAGUAUCUGAAAUCAGCAUGUUCUCUUCCUGGAAGUGAACUUUGGGUGUCUGCUUCCUUGUAUAGUUUCUUUUUCAGAAGUCUUCUGGGUUAAAAUCAGGAUACUAAGAGCCAUCAAAAGUAAUUUUAUUGAAUAGUUCGGGUUAACCAUAAAUGAGGCUGGUAUGGUGAGAUUUUGCCGGUGUGGUUUUUUCUGAUUGCUUGUGAUUUCUAUUCAUGCUUUUUUGUUAAUGCAGGUGAGGAACCAGUAAUAAUUGUCAAUCAGGUUAUGUUAGAAACAUUUUAUGUAGAAUUCUGAUAUAUAGCAACUAGCAAGCAUGCUUCAUUCAGAAUUCCAAUUAAGCAGCCAACCAUCACAGAAGUGGCCAAAUAGGGUUUCCACAGAAUGCAGUCCCAUCCAGCAUUCUCUUGGUGGUGUUGCUAGUCCACAUGCUAAAAUGAGCAGCGCAAGAAUCAUUCCUGAAUUGUAUGUCAGACAAACUCUAGAAAGUGAUUUGCCAAGAUGUCAAAGUGUAUUAUUCAUUUGGUGUCAUGCUCUGCGACUUGGAAUCAACCUCUUUCUU